AUGUUUCGAAGAACCAAAGUGACGGAUGGGACGGCCGUCGGCCAAGAUCCUGCUGCAGAGAGUGGUAAAGAAGUGGGGAUAAAGAAGAAAUCGAGGGUCCCCGUGGUGAUGAUCACGCAGUUUAUCGAGCCGCCACAGGGGAAGAGCCAUCCAGACUUCACCCGCAAGCCGAUUGCUUUGACCAUACAAGAGGGCAAAUUUGCUUGUUAUAAAGCGAUUGUCGUUGGAGACCCACAGCCGACCGUAACGUGGAGCAGAAAUAAUGGAGAUGUGUCUGAUACGUCAAUAUAUCAGAGUAAAUAUGAUCCCCAUUCCAAUGAGCAUACAUUUGAGGUAAGCGAAAAGGGGCUAUCAAAUGGCAACUACAAAAAUUCCCAUGCUCCCGAUGGGAAUUUUAAUACCGUACUAAAAAAGAAAAAUAAUAUCCGGCCAAAACCUGAGCAAGUUGAGAGAAAAGAGGGAGAGGUCCAUCCUAAAUUGUGGGAGCUCUUAAUCAGCUCUGAGAAGAAAGACUAUGAGAACCUUUGUGCCGAGUUUGGAGUGACUGACUUUCGUCAUAUGCUCAAGAAACUUAAUGAAAUGAAGAAAGAAAGGGAGGAAGAACAAGCUGAGUUUGUCAGCAACCUGUCUAACCGAAAACACAUCGAGGUCAAUGCUGAUGGCACUGCGGCCUUUGAGAUUGACAUGGACCUUAUUGAACAAAGCAGCUCUAUAUUCCUGUACAAGGAUGGUGUAAUGGUUCCAUAUACAAAGGAGUUGGGAGAUGAGAUGAAGCACGGUCUUAAACGAGUGGGGAACAAAUAUAUUUUCAGUAUGGAGGGACCUCAUGCCAGACUGUACCAGUUGGAUGUAGAGGGUGUGAAGGUCUUUUCCACUCAUUUUAAAAAUCCUGGAAUUACCUGUGGACUUUCUGAUAUUUAUGUUCUUCGCGGAAAUUCGGCUGAAUUAACGGUGACGAUGAACAUAGACUGCGAUGGCAGCUGGUUCAAAGACGGAGAGCAGUUGAACUCAGGUGCUGAGGUCACCAUGAGCAAAGACGGAACCUCUCACAAGCUGACAAUUCAAAGCUGCAAAGACGCCGACUGUGGCGUUUAUUGUUUUUUAUCAGGGGAUCAUAGUACACAAGGAAAGGUCAUCAUCGGAGGCGCACCUGAAUUUGACUCAGACGACGUUCUCAAGUUCUCCAAACCUGUGAUCAUACGAGUCGGCCAGAAUGCUGCUUUCAGGAUGCUUUUUCCUCAUCAGGAGUCAUUGGUGGUCAGUUGGUUCAAUGACGGCACGGAGAUCAAAGACGGAGGAGGAGUUAAGAUCGUGAGGGAGCCCAAUCACAGCCGGGUGCUGCUCAGAGACUGCCUGCGGACAGACACAGGGGAAAUAAAUCUCAAAAACCCAUUUGCGGCUGUGGAGGCCACAUCUAAGCUUAUUGUGCUUGAUCGGCCCGGUCUUCCGGCGGGUCCAGUGGAGACUGUUGAAACAACCUCAUCUUUCAUUGAGAUUAAAUGGAACCCUCCCAAAUACGACGGUGGCCAAGGUGUCACCAACUAUAUUAUAGAGAGGCAGCAGGCGGGACAAGCCCUGUGGACGAAAGUUGGGGAUGUCUCAGGGGGCAAGACGUCCUUCAGAGACAAGAAUGUGACCCAUGGAAAGAAAUACAACUACCGCAUCUACACGGAAAACCCUGAAGGCCUCAGCGACGCCCUGGAGACCGCUGAUAGCAUUAUGGCUGGCAUAAUGAUACUUGCCGGUCCACCUGGUGGCCCCACAGUGGUGAGUGCCUCUAAAACCUGCAUCAACUUGACCUGGACCCCCCCAGUGGACGACAAAGGAGUACCGAUCAUUGGUUACCAAUUGGAAAAACGAUUGAAGGACACAAAUCUGUGGAUUCCCCUGAAUGCACUUAAUGAACCAAUUGAAGGAGCAAUCUAUGCAGUGAAAGAGGUCACCGAGGGAGCCGAGUACGAGUUCAGGGUUUCAGCAAUUAAUGAGUCCGGAUCAGGAGAUCCAAGCCCUCCCUCUGCAAUGGUGUGCGCAAAAAAACCCCAACAACCUUGUUUUAAAGACCCAGAGGACUUCAUGGUCUUCAGAGCAGGAAAUAUAGCGUCAAUCUGGUAAGCCUACCAGGGUGAACCUCCACCUCAGAUCACUUGGCUGAAGGAUGAUGAGCCAAUACCCCCGUGGAUUAAUAUCAUCAAUACAGAGGGAAUAUCUCAGCUCGUUAUCCCCUCGUCAAAGCACUCCGAUUCAGGCAUUUACACUAUUCAAGCCAAAAACUCUGUGGGUGAGGCUUCAUUUGACAUCGAGGUCAGAGUCACAGAUGAACCCAAACAAACAGUCCAAGGAAAAGUGGCGUUAUCGUGGACUCCUUCUCCAGACGAGGAGCUCGACGACCGCCUUUACUACGUGGUGUCUCAAUGCGACUCCAACACCAGAGUGUGGAAGAACGUAGCAGACCUCUUCACUAACACAUACACAGUCAACCACCUCCUUCCUGGGGUACAGUACGAUUUCCGGAUCUACGCCAAGAACGAUAUGGGCCUCUCAGAUCCAUCCGAGUCACCGACAUGGGGCGUCAACUGCAACAGAGUUCCAAUGACUCCAAAUGGAGGUAAUUCAUCAGGGAUCAGCUUUGAGAGGCCUCCAUCCAUCUUGGUGCCUCUGAAAGUCCACACACCACCUAAAGGAUACAAACUCUACAUGACAUGUGCUGUCCGAGGGUGCCCUACGCCCACUGUAUCCUGGUACCUGAACGACGUCUGCAUCAACUUCGACAACAACUACUACAUCACCAACUCGUUAGGAGAGUGCUCCAUGUACAGUUUCAGAAUCAAAGACAGCGGCGUCUGUAAAGUUGUUGCAGUCAACUCUUUUGGCCAAACAGAGGGUUCUACUAAAAUUAUUGUUAGAGGUAAGGUUCAACUAGAAAUGUGA